GUACCACUCGUGCCUUUCGAUCUACACCUCAAGUUGUACACCGCCACGCCAGGUCCUACUCUAUCUGUAGAUCUGACCGGGGAAGACGAAUGGAUGACAGAACAAGCUAGAGGUGGGCGGUUUGAUCAGUCUAGUGGUCUAAAACGCACGAGUUCUGCCGUGGAUGGUUCAAUGACCCAGGAUAUCGAGUUGAUAAAGAGACAAAGGACUGCAGAGCCCACUCAUUCGCCUUAGAAUGCGAUCGUCAACAUGAACCCUGAGCAAAAACCAGCCUCCCCAGACACUAUAGUCGGUUCAAAACCAACCUCACCAGUCUCACCCUCGCUUUCUGCGCCACUUGCCAAAGAAGAGAUGGACACGGCCUCAGCAGGCCAAGUGGGCGUUUCGAACGACAAGGUUGUGAUUGCAGUCACGCCUUCAGACAUUGCAGUUGGUUCCAACCCAACUUCGCCAAGCUCCGUCACACCGUCACCUGCCCAAGAACAGACACCUGGUCCACCGAGUGGAGAUAAUUUGCAAUCCGUCGAAGCAUAUGUCUAUGAGUCAGAUGCUGAAGUAGCUUAUGGAUAUUUCUGUGGCAGAUGCCUUGAUCGCUUUGAAAUGGGGAUGAUACCCAAACAACCGGAUGCGUUGGUGAACCCAAAGGUUGAAGACCUCUUUAUGCAUUGUACGCAGGAGCACCCUGCAAUUUGGGAGGACCUCCGUCAUAAGAGAGACCUUGCGGCAGUAGCGCCAGCACCACCACUUUCGUGACUCUCCUUCAUAUUUCAUGUCCCUACGCUAGCACGUCUUACGCAUAUUAUUAUCCUGUGUCCACUAGAGUUGCGAUAAUUUUAUGCUAUGCACAUCAGGAAAUGUCAGCCAUACCAUGCAUACACGUUGAGCUGUCUAAGCCUUGAUUCGAAUUCUAACUGCCCACGACAU